ACCUCGUGAUUUCCCCAUGAAUGAAUAUAUUCGUAACCAAAUUAAAUCUACGAUUUAUUGCCGGAGGAACGGUAAAGCGGCGAUGCAAACGAAGAAAAUAUUAAAUAAAGUGAAUUGCGUAUACGUGGUGAUCACGAUCUGUGAACAGAUUCUUUUAGCGAAUGAUCCUAAGAACGAAGAAUGCCGUCAAUGGCAGAGAAAUGAGUGGGGAGGAAAGAUUUGUCACCGAAGUGCCUAGCAGUUUGAAACAACUAGCACGGCUUGUUGUUCGCGGUUUUUAUACCAUAGAGGAUGCCUUAAUCGUUGACAUGCUGGUCAGAAAUCCCUGUAUGAAGGAGGACGACAUAUGCGAGCUGCUAAAAUUCGAGCGAAAAAUGUUGAGAGCUAGAAUAUCUACGCUAAGGAAUGACAAAUUCAUUCAAGUUAGACUUAAGAUGGAAACUGGAUCUGAUGGAAAGGCGCAGAAAGUGAACUACUAUUUCAUCAAUUACAAGACUUUUGUCAACGUUGUCAAGUACAAGUUGGAUCACAUGCGUAAGAAAAUGGAAACGGAAGAACGAGACGCGACCAGCAGAGCCAGCUUCAAGUGCACAAAUUGUCUUAAGACUUUCACGGACCUUGAGGCAGAUCAACUCUUUGAUAUGACAACAGACGAGUUCCGAUGUACUUAUUGUCGGAACAUCGUUGAGGAAGAUCAAUCUGCUCUUCCGAAAAAAGACUCCAGGCUACUUCUGGCAAAAUUUAACGAACAAUUAGAGCCACUCUACAUUCUGCUGCGAGAAGUCGAGGGUAUAAAAUUGGCACCUGAAAUUCUCGAGCCUGAACCUGUUGACAUCAAUACCAUACGAGGCAUCGAUACGAGGAAGCAAACUGGGCUUCGUGCUCCGGGUGAACAAUGGUCAGGAGAGGCGACGAGGUCGUCUGGAUUUGCUGUCGAAGAUACGAGAGUGGAUGUUACCAUCGGCGAUGAAUCGGCCAAUGAUAACACUGCCAAUCGUAGAAAAGAGAGGCCGAUUUGGAUGAUGGAAAGCACUGUGGUAAACACAGAUGGAUCGCAGACGGACGUGGUUGGAGGCCAGGACAGUAUUCUUGAUAAGGCUGCAACGAACGCGACGAAUGCAACGAACGCAACGAAUAAACAGGGCGAAGACAUAAUGUCGGUGCUACUGGCGCACGAGAAAAAAGGAGGGACUAAUGCUGCCAAUGCCAUUAAGACUGUAAUACCUCAAGAAUCUAGCGACAGUAGCGAUAAUGAGGAUGUUACGGAGAUACAGGCUAUCGAUAUGGGUGAUGUAGAGACGAUGGAUUCAGAGGACGACGACUUGGUGCCCACGGUUAGUGUGGGAGGAAAAACAGUUUCAAUUACAGAUAUCAAUGACACUUUGAUUGCCGAUAUGACACCGGCAGAGAAAGAAGCUUACAUUCAAACGUAUCAAGAAUAUUAUUCGCACAUGUACGAUUAGUCUGAAAACAGCUUGCGAGAGUUAUAUUUUUAAAUUAAAUUGUACGAUGACUGUGAAUUUACACACAUAUACGUGGAGUAUGAGAAUAUUUUGUAUAAGUAUGAAUAUAAUAAAAAUCCAUUGUUCACAGCUCCGUGUUUUGUAAUUUGCCUUUAACAGCUGACUCAUGUGAUACUGAGCUAUAAUUGCCAUGAAAGACUGGUCAAAUUUAAGAAUUUAUUAACAUACUUGAAACCUAAUAUACAAUAAUAUCAAUCCAAUAACAUGUGGAAUUAACGAUAAAUUGAUGAAGAAAAUAUAUUGAAUACGUGAUAAUAAAUAACACUGAAUUAUUAACAAUAAAAGAACUAAAAUAAUUAAUCAAUAAUAAUACAUGUCACUUCUGGUAAGAACGGGAAAUAUCAUUAUUUAUAUUAUAUUAAAUGUUUUUCUUUCCCUACCAACUUCUUAUGUAAGCACUGGAUAAUAAGUAAAACUUACUUGGGGAUAUCUUUUUUUUUGCUCGUCUAUUUCAAAAUUUUUGCUCGACCACCACAAUCGAACCCAAAUUUGGGGAUGAUAGAACAAGGAUUUUCUGCAUAUUUUUCGUUUUUUUUUCUUUUUAUCAGUUUUUUCGAUAAUUCAAUAGGUAAUAAUUUUAUCGUAAACAAGUUAUUUGAGGUAACUUUAUGUACAUUAUAACUUGACUUACGAGACUUGAUAUAUCACUCUACAAUUUGGUUUAUAACUACUUACUUUUCAUUGCUUGCUUUGAAAAGAACCCAAGCAUCGCAUAAUAUCACACAAGCAAUGGCAUCGCGCAUCGUUUUUCCCCCUCAAUAAUUUUUCUUCACGUCCUAUACAU